UUAAGUCCGCUGACAAACCGUUAGUACAACACAACAUCCACGCCAGCGUCUGACAAACCUCAACGGCGAGUAUCUACCUGCCUUACCUGGUAUCGUACAACCAAACCAACCUGUCAAGCCGUCGCCAAGGUGCCACAGGCCGAGACCCAAGUACCACUGAUCCUCUCCAUCUUCCCGACGCCAUCAGGCUUGAGGCGCAAUGACCUCCCCUCAAACAAGGCAGAAGCGGAAGAGAGCAUGCGACUCGUGUCACCGGCGAAAGAUCCAAUGUGAUAGCGCCGAUGUGCCCUCGUCCAACUGCAAUUGGUGCCAUCACCAUGGCAUGACAUGCACCUUCAAUCGCCGCUUGGUCGGACGAAAAACGUGGACUCGGAAUAGCACCAACUCAACCUCGACCCCCUCUGCCAGUGCCGGCCCCUCCUCCCCCUCCUCGGCUAUCGUCGACGUCGGUCCAGGUGUCGGCCCCUCUUCCUCCGAUCCCCGUCCCCCUAACGCAACCCAACCUCAGCCGCAUCCGUCACCACUCCCGCCUCACCCACAAUCACUGCCACCCCUGGCCGCCCAUCUUGGCAUCUCGUCUAGGCCAGGAUCGAACCCAGAUCUCAGCAACUCCCACCAUCGUCACUCAUCUUCUUUCGGUGGAUCGAUCGACGACAAGAUCCAUGCCCAGCACCUGGACCCUUACCAUCCACACUCGCAUUCAUCGUCCGCUGCCUCAACUCCUCCUUCAACAUCUGCCUUUACUCGUCCAACCUCCCGUUCUGGUCAUCACACCUUUCCAUUUUCGGUUCAUCCAAGUCCCCUGUCCCGCACCCAUUCCCCUCACGGCAGUGUCUCCUCGGACCACACAUACCAUACCCCUGCCCAGUAUCAACAUCAACAUCAACACCAACACCAAUCACAACAACACCAUCAUCAACAACACCAUCACCACCAUCACCAAGAACCAGAUCAAGUCCACCCCGUCUACACCCACUUCCCCGUCGCCAACCUCAACCUCACCCCCAACCCCGGCUGUGGAUCCUACUUUGGCAAGCUCCACUUCGCCGGCUAUCACUUGGGAGAAAUCUCCUCCUACAACGGCAUCCCCUUCUUCUCCGAAGACGGCCAAGCAUGGAUCCGUUCUCGUACCGGCCAACAGGCCUCCUUCCCAGCCAUAUGGGGUGACAUUCCCCCUUGGCAGACGCGGCCCAGCGCCGAUUCGGGUCUUCUCUGCAAGGUGGCAGAAAAGCCCAUAGAGCAGAUCGAACUGCCUGAUCGCAAAAUCGUCGAGCAAUAUCUCUCCUUCUUUAUAAGUUCCGAAUUCCGGCUGGCGUUUCCGCUGGUUGACCCGGUCUUGUUCAGACAGACGUUGGAUUUGGCUUAUGCACAUGGGCAAGGGGACAGGAAUGGGUUGGGUUUUGAGCAGAUCACCGCCAAGGCCUGCGUGUUUGCUUUCCUGUCGGUCAUUUCGCUGCUGGAGGUCGAGAGGACGCAGAGGUUCCCGGAUAUCCCCAACAUUGAUACGGAUAUGAUGGCUGCCAAGGCGCAGAUGCUUUUGCCGCUAACCAUCCAGGCGCUGGAUAUCACCAGUCUACAAGCGUCUUUUAUGCUCUGUCUGUACCAGCUCUUCUUGGGACAGGUCCAAUCAUCAGCUAUGCUUUUGGCGUUUGCUUGUCGGAUCAUGUUCAUGCUGGGCGGACAUAAACUGUCUAAUGCUUCCUGGCUACCAACUCCAGGGUCUGGUUCAGGGAGUGCAACGACCACACCGGCUUCGGCCCCCGUUGAUCUCGCAGACCGUAAACGCCGUCACCUCCGCAGGCUCUUCUGGCUCUGCUACAGCGUCGACACGGAUAUUUCUCUCCGAACAGGCCAACCCCCUUCGAUCGACGACGACCACUGCGACCUCUCCUUACCGCCAGGCUACCUCGAAAUCCAAUUCCUCGACCGUCGCGAGCUGGAAACCCUUAAGGAACGGCACUUUUCUUCCUUAAACUCCCACCCCAACUCUUAUCCCAGCAUGCCUUCCCCUUCUCCCUACCCCUACAGCCAAGGAGCAGGACCAUUCGUUUCUAAUAAUCCCUUCAAAGCCCCCGGUGGUCCUCCUCCCACAGCCAUGACAUCAGCACCCCAAGGACAUGGACAUGGAUUCGGACAUCCCUCCCUUGAAUUCCCCUACCUCCAACUAGACGAAACCUCCGUUCCUGCUUUACCAGGCGACCUCCGCCUAACGCUCAUCAAAUCCAAAACCUGCAAACUUCUGUACUCCGCCUCCGCCCUGCGCAAGUCCGACGCCGAGUUGCUGCGAGACAUCCGCGAGCUAGACGACGAGCUGGAAAGGUGGCGGCUAUCCGUGCCAGAAUGGUAUCGGCCUGCGUUGUCGCUAUCUAGGACUUCACGUGAGGGUCCUCCUCCGCGCGGCGGGGAUGAAACAGGUACAUGGUCAUCUCAUGGAUCUGGACGUGCCUCUGAGCUAGAUGAACGGGGACAGGGGGGGUACGGACAAAGUCAGAAGGGCCACGGAAAGACUGGUUACGACUCUACUACCAUGUCGGGAGGCGAAAGCGUUCGCACCAUCAUUAUCAACCUACAGUACCACCACCUGGUCGCCACCAUUCAUCAAGCGACUGGUCGCUGUCGAGCGUGGCAGAACCGGAGCUCGGUGCUAGAGGAAAGCAGCAUGAGCGCCGCAAGGACGGGGGAGAUGUUGAUGGAAGGCGUCAGCUCGAGCUUGGCGCUCAGUGUAGAAGCCAGUCGAUCGACACUUAUUUACCUGCGCUCUGUUACGCGUGCCUUGCUGGGUGAAGCGUUUUGGGUCAUAAUCCUCUACCCAAUGUCCGCAGUCAUGACCAUCUUCUGCUCUAUCCUACUUAACCCGCUCGAUCCCCAGGCCGAAGACGAUUUGAGACUACUGGAAUCCGCUCCAGAUUUGAUCAAGGGGAUACGUAUCCGUCGACUGACGCAUACGGAGCUGUUGCACUUGAAGACGGUGGAUGAGUUCAUGGGGGAGUUGAUGAGGUUGGGUGGGUGUGCGAUUCGACGGGCCAAGGAGGAGAAGAGGGAGAGGGAGAUGAGGGAUUUGGAGCGAAGGAGGAUGGGAGGGUUGGGGGGGUAUAGGGUGCCGGAGUUGUUGAGUGAGGGUAGUGGGGGGGUAAGACGGCGAGAGGGAUGGCGAUGGGGAGUGCUUGGGGGUGUUGGAUGGAAUACCUGUAAGGACUGUGAAAUGGCUCCCUGAAUCAUGUGUGUCUGUGUAGAGAAGUGAUGGUGGAUAUACUGGGGGCGUAUAAAAGGGCAUUUCAGGAUUGGGAGGGAAUUCAUGACCGCAGUGUUUUUGGUUUGCUUCGUUGGAUCUGUACAGGUACAGGUAGAAGAGGUCAUACUAGGUACUUGGAGACUGAGGUACUUGCAUUUCACUGGUUGAGUUCUCCUCCUUUAUCACUUCAUCAUACCAUGUCUUGUGCUAACAAUGUCCGCGUCGUUUAUUGUUCAUAACUGGUAUCAUGGGAUCAAGGAGGUGUUCUGUGCAACCUUUACGCUUCUUGAAAGAAAAGGAGGAACAAGUUCCUGAAAAUGGGCGUGGAAGAAAAGAUGUUGAUGGACAUAACCAGCCGUCCCAACAAACGCUCGGUUGGUUGAAAAUGCUUCUAUGACAACGCUCCGUGCGUAGUGUACUAUUGGUGGGCAGACAGUCGGUCGGUGUGAUGGUU